GGCUCUGCUUUAUGGAGUUUGUAGACACAAAUUUGUUGUGAGAGUUUCUGUUUUGGAGCAAAAAUGAAGGGAUUUGGGAGAUUUUUGAGGUCGAUUUUGGUGUUGGCGGCGGUGGAAGUUUGUUUGGUUUGCUGCGACAUCACGGACGGAAACGCGGAACAUCUGAAGAGAGAACACUCGCUGAUGAAGCCGUUCCAAGGAGUCGGCAGUCAGUGGGAUUUCUCAGGAAACACGUUGGUGACGAGCUCUUACGUCCGGCUCACUCCAGACGAGAGAAGCAAACAGGGUUCCAUCUGGAACACCGUGCCGUGUUACCUGAAGGACUGGGAGAUGCACGUGCAGUUUAAAGUUCACGGGUCAGGGAAGAAGAAUCUCCAUGGCGACGGCAUCGCUGUCUGGUACACAAAAGAGAGACUGCAUCCAGGGCCUGUGUUUUCCAACAAAGCUAACUUCCACGGGCUGGCUGUUUUCAUAGAUACUUACUCUAACGAUGAAGCGACGGAUCGCUCCUUCCCCUUCAUCUCGGCCAUGGUGAACAACGGGUCGGUGAGCUACGACCACGGGAAAGACGGCCGCUCGUCGGAGUUGGGCGGCUGCUCGGCGGAGAUCCGGAACAGAGAGCACGACACGUACAUGGCCGUCCGCUACUCCAAGGGAAGACUGACUAUAAUGGUUGACGUUGAUGACAAGAACGAGUGGAAGGAGUGCAUCGACAUCGGAGGCGUUCGUCUUCCUACGGGAUAUUUCUUCGGUGCCUCAGCGGCAACGGGAGAUCUCUCAGAUAACCAUGACAUCAUCUCCAUGAAGCUCUACCAGCUGAUGGUGGAACACACGCCGGAGGAGGAGAACCUGGACUGGACCAAGAUCGAGCCCAGCGUCAGCCUCCUCAAGUCCCCUAAAGACAACAUCGACGACCCGACCGGGAACUUCCGCAGCUCGCCGCUCACGGGCUGGAAGGUUUUCCUGCUGCUGCUCUGCGCUCUGCUGGGAAUCGUGGUGUGUGCCGUCGUGGGAGCCGUGGUUUUCCAGAAAAGACAGGAGAGGAACAAGAGGUUCUACUGAGAGGAGAAAGCAGAAAAAACCACCAGUUAGUCCCAACGCUCCGUUGAGGAAUGAACUGAUCCCGACGACAGUGAGCACAUUCAAUGUGAAUUCUUUUGCUGAAGAUUGUACAAAUGUUUUUAACUCCUGAAGCGCUGCGUCGUCGUCGUGAGUGAAUUAUUACCUGUGACAGCAGGACGAGUGGCGACCGUCGCCGCUGACCCUCAAUGAUUUGUUUUAUUUUUUUUGUCCUUUUUUGUUUUUUUCCGCUUAUUUCUUGCAGGGUUUUCAAUGAAUUUUGCAAACUUGGAAGUCGUUUGUGAAAAGAUUUGUGAAAAGAUUUGUGAAAGUCUUUCCCGUUGGUCGGUUGUGAAUGAAACCGUUUUCAUUCUUCUGAGUUUUUAUUAACUUUGACAUCAAGUGGUGAUUUUGGUUUUGAUUUAUUUCUUUGUCUUCCAACCUGUUUUACUGCUUAUUCACUGGAAGAAAAAUGUAGAACUGCACACAAACUGGAUUAAUUUGAUCUGCAGAAAUAAAAAAAAUACU